AUGGUCGCUGAUAUCCAGGGGCUGGUGGAUUCGGAAAGAGGACUGGUUAGCCGCCGAAUUUUUAUAGAGCCGGAAAUCUACCAGCAAGAACUGGAGCGCAUCUUUGCCCGUUGCUGGCUAUUUCAGUGCCACGAAAGCCAGAUUCCUAAUCCCGGGGAUUUCUUUACCACCUAUAUGGGUGAGGAUCCGGUCCUUGUAAUGCGGGACAGUGGCGGCAAGAUCAACGCCUUCCUGAACAUCUGCCGGCACCGGGGCAACCGCCUGUGUCGAGCCGAGUCUGGAAACGCCGCAACCAUCACCUGCGCCUACCACGGCUGGACCUUUGCCAACAAUGGCAACCUGGUGGCCGUUCCCAACCUGCAGGAUGCCUACUUCGGUGAACUGGAUUUGGGCGAGUGGAAUCUGAUACCUGUGGCCCAACUGGACAGUUACAAAGGCCUGCUCUUCGCAACCUUCGACCCUGACGCGCCACCCCUGAAAGAAUACCUAGGCGAAAUGACCUGGUACCUGGACAGUUUCUUUGACCGCAGGGAGGGCGGUACCGAGGUCAUAGGCGGCGUUCAUAAGUGGGUCGUUCCUUGCAACUGGAAACUUCCAGCGGAAAACUUUGGUGGCGACGGCUACCAUGUGGCAUGGAGUCACCUCUCAGCCAUUCGCAGCGGCUUUGCCCGCGAUUUUCGGCUGCGGGCCAGCACUGAAGGCACUAUGAUUGCCCCCGGCAACGGCCACUGCGUCAUUGCCCUUGGGGCCAAGGAUAUCGCCGAAGCCCCGCUGGAUAACCUGUUUGCCUACGAGGACGAACACCGUGCCGAAGUUGCCCAACGGUUGGGGGAUCGGAUAAACACGAUCAACCCGAUUGUGUCCACCGUUUUUCCUAACUUUUCCAUCAUUCGGUCAACCUCCCACUCAUUCAGAGUCUGGCAUCCCAAGGGUCCCGGCGAAAUCGAGAUCUGGUCCUGGAUAUUUGUGGACAAGGCCGCCGCUCCAGAAAUCAAGGAGGCAUUGCGGCUAAACGGACUACGCGGCUUCGGCCCUUCCGGAACCUUUGAACAGGACGAUAUGGACAACUGGCAAGAAUGUACGCACACCUGCUGCGGCGUGGUAUCCCGCCGUUAUGAUUUAAACAUGCAGAUGGGCCUGGGCCACGAGAAAUAUCGACCGGACCUGGGAGGCUGGGCCAGCGACUUCCGCCUGAGCGAAAGCAACCACCGGCAGUUCUACCGCCGCUGGGCGGAACUGAUGGCGGCUGAUAAUUGGGCGGAGUUGUAG